GGGUGCGCGCUUGCUGCUGAGGGUAAACAUUCGACAGUCCCUGCUCCGAGAGGGAGGGACAGAGAGCGAGCUGUCAGAUCCCGGAGCCAGCGGGCAGGCGAGGAGGGCGCAGAGAGCGAGCGGGCGGGAGCGGGAAGUGAGCGAGGGACAGAGGGCGCGAACCUGGGCACUGAGCGAGCUCCUCCGCAACUCCGCUCCGGCCCGGCCCGCGCCGUCGGUGCACCCUCCCCGCCGGAGCUGCUAGUGUCUCCAGGACCCUCUAUGCACACACACACCUCCACCUCCACCAAUGCACUCCUCCUCCACCACCUCCUCCUCCAGACAACUGCUGGGAAAAAAAUAAAACACCAAUCAUCCCACCGCUCAGCUACAAGGAAAGAUGUCGCACCAGACUGUGACUGUUGCGAGGAGAAUGAAAAAGAACUCUUGUUUCAGAGGCUGCCCAGAGCACCGGCAAUAACAACUUGAGAGCAAUGCACCAUCGCAAGAAGUUUUCCUAGGACAGACCCAAACUUGAAACGAGAGGACCGCAGGGGGAGACCCAGAGGCCGCCUCUCCUCUCCUCUCCUCUCCGCCCGCGCCGCAGCCCGCAACGCCACGCCUUCCGGGACCCGAAAAGUUUGGCGACUCCAAAUGUGCCGCUGAGCAGCAGAGCGGCCAGCGACGGAGGGGAGGCUCGGGGCCGAGCGCCGGAGUCUCGGCCGCCCUUUGUUGUCUCCUGUGAAACCCUCACUCAGCAGGUGGACGGAGCCGCCAGCGCCCCAGGACAGGCAGGCGCAGGCCGGCGCCCCGCCCGGCGAGCCCCGCUGGAGCGAGCCCGCCGCGCCGGGGCUGGGGGGCGGCCACGACCCCCCCUGAAGGGGGCGGCCACGGAGCGCGCCCCGGGCGCCGAGCCCCCCUCCCCGGAGCGCGGCGGCGGCGGCUGCUGCUGCUGCUGCUGCUGCUGCUGACCGAGGCGGCCCGGCCACCCCCGCGCCCUGCCGAGCGGCCUUGCAGCUGCAGCCGGGGGCGGCGGCGGCGCGGGAGGCGGCGGCGGCGGCGGCAGGGCAGGCCGGGCCCCGGGGCGGGGGGGCGGGAGCGCGGCAGCGGCGGCCGUGGCGGCGGUGGGGUGGCGGGAGCGGAGCGGCAUGGCCACGGCGGCAUCUAACCCCUACCUGCCCGGGAGCAGCCUGCUGGCUGCCGGCUCCAUUGUGCACUCGGACGCGGCGGCUGGCGGCGGCGGGGGCGGCGGCGCGGGGGGCGGCGCUGGGGGCGGUGGGGGCGGCAUGCAGCCGGGCAGCGCAGCCGUGAGCUCCGGUGCCUACCGGGGGGACCCGGCCUCGGUGAAGAUGGUGCAGAGCGAGUUCAUGCAGGGGGCCAUGGCCGCCAGCAACGGCGGCCACAUGCUCAGCCACGCACACCAGUGGGUCACGGCCCUGCCGCACGCUGCAGCCGCAGCCGCAGCCGCAGCCGCCGCUGUGGAGGCCAGCUCGCCGUGGUCGGGCAGCGCGGUGGGCAUGGCGGGCAGCCCGCAGCAGCCUCAGCCGCCGCCGCCGCAGGGCCCCGACGGGAAGGGCGGCGCGGGCCGCGACGACCUGCACGCCGGCACCGCGCUGCACCACCGAGGCCCGCCGCACCUCGGGCCCCCGCCGCCACCACCGCACCAGGGCCACCCUGGAGGCUGGGGCGCAGCCGCCGCAGCCGCUGCCGCAGCCGCUGCCGCCGCCGCCGCCGCGCACCUGCCGUCCAUGGCGGGGGGCCAGCAGCCACCACCGCAGGGCCUACUGUACUCGCAGCCCGGGGGCUUCACGGUGAACGGCAUGCUGAGCGCGCCCCCGGGGCCCGGCGGUGGCGGCGGUGGUGCGGGCGGCGGCGCGCAGAGCCUGGUGCACCCCGGGCUGGUGCGUGGGGACACGCCCGAGCUGGCCGAGCACCACCACCACCACCACCACCACGCGCACCCCCACCCGCCGCACCCGCACCACGCGCAGGGGCCCCCGCACCACAGCAGCAGCGGCGCGGGGCCUGGACUCAACAGCCACGACCCUCACUCAGACGAGGACACGCCGACAUCCGACGACCUGGAGCAGUUCGCCAAGCAGUUCAAGCAGCGACGCAUCAAGCUGGGCUUCACGCAGGCCGACGUGGGGCUGGCACUCGGCACCCUGUAUGGUAACGUCUUCUCUCAGACCACCAUCUGCCGCUUCGAGGCCCUGCAGCUGAGCUUCAAGAACAUGUGCAAGCUCAAGCCACUGCUGAACAAGUGGCUGGAGGAGGCGGACUCGAGCACCGGCAGCCCCACGAGCAUCGACAAGAUCGCGGCGCAGGGCCGCAAGCGCAAGAAGCGGACCUCCAUCGAGGUGAGCGUCAAGGGCGCUCUGGAGAGCCACUUUCUGAAGUGCCCCAAGCCCUCGGCACAGGAGAUCACCAACCUGGCCGACAGUCUGCAGCUGGAGAAGGAGGUGGUGCGGGUGUGGUUCUGCAACCGACGGCAGAAGGAGAAGCGCAUGACGCCGCCGGGCAUCCAGCAGCAGACGCCAGACGAUGUGUAUUCGCAGGUGGGCACGGUGAGCGCAGACACGCCACCACCACACCACGGGCUACAGACUAGCGUGCAGUGAGGCCAGGCCGCCCUGCCGCCACUGUCAGCGCCACCGCCCCCGCUGCCCAGCCCAGCCCUGCCGCCAUGCGCAGAGCUCGCCCUGGGGCCGUGCAGCCGCCCUCCCUCCGCCCAAAGACAUGCAUCCUCGCCCUGCUAGGAGAACGGAAGAGAAGGGCCAAGGGGACGUUUUUCCCCCCCUCUUUCUAUAACCCAAGAAAUGAGGGUAGGAAAGGAGCAUAAUAAACACCCAGACUGUUUUCUAUGCAUAUAGAUCAAGCAAGCGGAUCAGGAGAGCCUGUCUUUAUUGUGGUGGUGUUGCUAUUCCUUUCUCUUUCACUCAAUUUUUUUUUUUGAGUUGUGCUUUUUUUUUUUUUUCUCCAAGAAGGGUGAAGAUGCCUAGGGAACCCUAACUGCACUCCCACUGUUACAAGUCCCACAGGCUGCGGUGGACAGCUCCCGCUGCAUCCCCUUCUCCUGCCCGCCCCACCACCACCACCACCACCACCGCCACACUCCCUCACUCCAAAGGUCCAAAGGGCUGUCCAAAGUGAUCCUCCAAAGUGAAACUUUCUGUGCUGGGAGCAACCUGAGAGAUAUAGCAGAAGCAUCGGUUUAAUCAGGGGCUGACUCUGCUCUGGGACCCUGUUUUUCUUGGGGAAACAACACAGCAACUCAGAAAUGCAAGACAAAAGAAGAAGAAGAAAAAGAAGAAGAAGAAGAGAAGUCUCCAAUAAUUUUUUUAAAGAAAUCCACAUCUUCCGAAAUAACCAGACUGAAUAGCCAAGCCAAAAGAGAAAGAACAAGUAUCCUUAAAGUAACCUUGGAAAUAAAAAGCAUCGUGCCAGAGCACAGGGCGAGGAAGAAGGGGACUGUCCACACAGGAGAGGUGGCGGCCCUCAGGGGCUUCGGAGGGCUGGUCAGGGAGCGAGGCGAGGCCCUUGCACAAGCCCUGUGCUUCACCGCUGCCUAGAGGCCUAGAGAUUCCACCGCUCAUAUUUUUUUUAUUAAUAUUUUUUAUUUUUUAUUUCUGGACUGACUCCAGAGAAAGGGAUUUAGAAAGACUAAGCACCAGCCGCUGCGCUUCCCUGAACUCUCUCCUCAGUCCGUUGCCAACUCUGAUUGAAUGGGUGCUGUGGAUAUGAUUCUAUAAUACUGCCAUUUCCAAGCAGUGUUUUUGGUAGGUUUUAAUAAACAAGACUUUUCAAAAGACGGCAAUAUAGAAUUGUUAGAUCCGUUGUCGAUCUAAAAAAAAAUUUGCUUUAUAUUUUCAUUAAAUGACUUCUUUUAAUAUUUUAUUCAGAAUACUUAUGAACUGCUGCAAAACGGUAAUUUAUUUUUCCCCAGAUCUUGUAUUACGUGUUUUUUUCAGACGAGCACAAAUCAAAAUGAAAUGAAAAAAAAAUAUGGACAGUUGUUAGGUAAUAAGGGUAUCUUUUGAUGUGAUCAUUUGAUUGUAAUUUAAUUUGAGUAGUGAUUCCGUAAGAGCUGAUGGAGAAAAUAAAUUUGUUAGAAUGAAAUAGUCUCUGUCUGAUACAUAAACACUGUGUGGAAAGACCUUUAGAAAAAAAUAUAUAAAUAUAUAUUUUUACUAAUGCAAAUCCCUAAGUAAUAGCAUUGAGGAAGCAGAAUCUGCUCCAGUUAAAGGGGAAUCUAGAAAUUUGGAGCACAGGACAGACAUUUCAGGAACUGCUAGUGAUUUCAUGUCAUAGCCAUACCUAAGGCAGUAAGUAGUCUGUAGGUCUCACAAUAUUUUUUUCUCCCUUCAUUUUAUUGGGUGUUCUUAGGUGAGACUACCCAGAUAAUAGCCCUUUUCUCCAAGAUGCUUGUGUCCUUUGUAAUCCUUAUCAGAAAUUUGGGCUAUCUCACCUGGAAAAAGAAAGAAAAAAGUGCCAACUUAAUGGUUAAUAAUAUAAAGCCCACCCUAACCCCCUAUUUAAACCUUUUUUUCCUCUUGUUCCCAACAUCACAUGUCUCUUUCCUUUUUCCAAGUACUACUGGUUGCGAAAAAAAAAAAAUAGCUUAUAAGGCUAUAAAAUAUUUCCAUUCCCGUUAUCUUCUGUCAAUAACUAUAUGUGAUUGACCUUAAGGUAUUAUGCUGAGUUUCCCCCCUCCUUCCUCUUUCUUAAAAGACAAAAAUUCUGAAUGAGACCACACAGCAUUACCCUCAGUGUGAUCACUAGUGCAAAUUGAAGAUUCUCCAUCUCUCUGUCAUCUUGUAUCUUCUUUAGUGCUGCUGUUGGGGCGGAGGGGGGGGGGUGAGCUUCUUCUUUUUCUUUUUGUUUUUUCCUUUCAUUUGUUUCUCCCCCCUCCUUUUUUUGAUCACUCUUUAGAUAAUCCUGCAGAGUGGUCUCAUUUAUCAAGUGUUAAGGUGUAUCAAUUUAAAUAUCUUCAGAUGGUGCAAUUGUACAUGAAUCAAUAUUUACAAGCUGGGGAAAAUGAAAGUGUAAUGCCUCUGGUUGUGAAUACUAAGGAUGCAAAAAUCUCUACUUAGUUUUGAGUCCCCUCACAUUGUAUUUUUAUUUUAAGUCCAUAGCAUGUGAUAGAGUAAAGGUUUUGUAGAUUGACUGCCCUCCAAUCUCAUGUAACUGUCACUCACUUUUUGCCUACUCAUCUCCACUCCUUCAUAUGAUAUUGAUGAAGGGGUUAAAAGAAAAACCAGGAAAACUGUGAGACAACAAGGAACAGUUAUUUCUUCCAGACAGACACUGUGUCACCUCCAUAAAUCAAGCCGGGCCAGAUGGUUGUUAUAUUGGUUUGCAUUAUUUUAAACACCAAAUCGUCCUAAAAAAAAAAAAAGUCACAAUCAUUUUGAUUUGUGAAAUCUGAAAAAGGCCAUAUUGAUUAAACAGAGAAUUAAAAAAGAAAGAAAAGCAAGAAACUACAACUUUACCUUCUUGAUUCCUUUUUCUGUUUCCAUUGUAAUCUCUCUGCCCAGUGAAUUUACAGCCAAGGUGGGGAAGGAGGAGGGGGAGACAAAGUUCCUGAGGCAAAGGUUUGUCUGUUAGUUUGAUGGUGGGGAAGCAAAGCUGGUCUCAUUGGAAAGCUGAGGUUUGGGUGUGGUUGUUUUUAUCUGGUGGAUACUCUUGGCACGUGAGAUGAGAUCCUGUCCUCCCUGUAGGAAUGGUGGUCAUUGAGUAGACUGAGAAUGGGUCUGUUUAAAAAUUUAAAAGGCGUCUGCUUACUUAAUUUGGCCAGCAAGAAAAGAACUGACUUUAGAUUUCACACCGUGUGCUGCUAAAAAGCCACCUUUUGGAUUCCUCUGGAAGAAGCCUUGAUUCAGGGGGGCCAGGAUGACUGACUCUUCAUUGGAGAAAAGAAACUAGACAAAGUCAGUUUGUUCUAUUUCCUUACUUUGCAGUUUUGAAAGUGAGCUAAAGCAUGUACUCCAUAUUUUUUUUUAAAUCAACCAUUCGACUAUGUUUACAAAAUGAAAUUCAUGGGUUGAGAAACAAAAGAGGGUGGUUAUAACUGAGAGGUUUUGUGUUCUGGCUUGUAUUGUUACACAUGUAAAUAAUGCAAAUAUUGUUACGUAUCACCAGAUCCUUUUAAUGAAUUUGACCAUUGUGUUCUUUUGCAGCGCAAGUGUCUUGUGCUUCGUAAAGUGCCCCAUUUGUUCCCUCCAUUUCAAACCACCCUCUCUUCCCCCUUGGAACCCAAAGGAAAGUGGCAAAGUUCUGUUCCAUCAAUCUGGCUAAUCCCAAACUAGGCCCAUUUAGAGUCUGAGGUCUCCUGGGGCGCUCCAUCAGUUGCCUCAGCCUCUGCCAUCUCCUUCACCCUAUCUCCUGCGAGUCUGGGUGAUAAAUCAUUCAAGGUGUAUUUAAAACAGUCACUUGACUGUUGUUGCUCUGCCUUUUAUUUUCUAAGUAUUUAGGCAAGGACUGCUUCUUUGUUCCAAACUAGAACUGUUCGUGAUUGACCUUAGAGAUCGCUUUUGCUUCCCCUGUAGUUCCCAGUGUCUGCUCAUUACCAUGCUCCUAAUCUGUUUUGUAAGAAUGGGUUUCAACAUUCUGAGAGUAAUUGGUUCUAAUAUGAAAUGCAGCAUAUACUAUGGAUAGUUUUAUCGAUGUGUGUACUAUUUUAAAUAAUUUAACAAUUAAAUUUUGUUUUUUGAGAUUCUA